CUGGUGACUCCCAGAUUGGGUUCGGCCAAGAUCUAGCAAACAUCGAGAGUAUUUCUCGCGACAACCUGACAUUGUGUCCAUCAUUCCUACAGCGUUCAGUACUACUGACUUUAAGACUUUCCACAAUGGUUUACGAGAACACAGUCAUUAUCGCCACUGGCGAGUCGGAGGAGCGCAGCGAGCAGAUUGAGCUUCCCCUGUUGGAACGUAAGGAUCUUGACCUGUUGACCGUACUGGGAUCAGGUGGAUUCGGUCGAGUGCACUAUGGUGUUUAUGGAGGAGUAUUGGAAGUUGCUGUGAAGCAAUCGCACCAGCAGCACAAGAACCAGGAUCGCUUCUCCGACAGCUUCUACGCCGAGAUUCGCGCUGCGACCCUCCAGCACGAGAACAUCGUGCGCGUCCUGGGUCUGUGUGUGGACCAGGAGUUGUCGGACGAUGCACUGCUGCCCAUGUUGGUGAUGGAGUAUGCUGGGGACCGCAACCUGCAGUCACUGGUCAAUGAUCGAAGCGAGUGCAUUGACACCUCCCGUCGGCUGAAGUUCGCCAAGGACAUGACGAGCGGUCUCAAUUACGCGCACAACCGUGGAUUUCUUCACCUGGAUGUCAAGCUGCUGAAUGUCAUCGUGUCCUCGGACGAUCGUUGCAAACUGGCCGACUUCGGCUGCUCGCUGAACAAGGCAGCUGGCAAAGCUGAUACCCCAACCAAGUCCAUGAUGACCGGUACGUAUGCCUAUCGUGCACCGGAGCUGCUGCGAGGAAAGGUGGCCACAGACCGUAGCGACAUCUACUCCCUGAGCAUUUGCUUGUGGCAACUGCUAACGCGCAAGCGUCCGUACGCAGACGAUGAGCAUCAGGUGAUCGUGUUCGGUGUGGUGUCCUACAACCUACGGCCUGAGCUCCCAGAGCAGUUCGAUAACACCGUGGACGAACGUUACUGCGAGCUGUUCAAGCAAGCCUGGAACGUCGAUCCCACAGCCCGACCCAGCGCUAAGCAGCUACUGUCCACUCUGACUGAGCUGGAGAGCGAGGUGAAUGACUAGCCUAGAUGCUGGUCGCGUGGUCGUCAUCCUCACUACCAUCAGUAAUGAAAGAAAGACAACCACCCUUUGUUCAACCAUGAACGCCAACUUACUUCUCGACGACUUUCAGUCAUUGGCAGUCACUGAAUGGUCACGUUGAAAACGACAUCGUAAGCAACACACGGAACUCGUGACAGCGGCCCAGCGUGGUGACAGCGCCAAUGUUCGCUAAACGUCAGCUCCCCAGGAGAAUGACACGGAAUUAUCCCGAGCGUGCCAGCCACACGCAAUUACUAGUUUACCAGCUAUCAGCGUCAUCCCAAGGUGCAGCUUGUCAGCGACUUGAACUAACGCAAGAGAGAGCUACGCUGAGUUGAAGACUCUCUCAGAGGCCGGAAAGACGGCAGAUACAGUCCACACUUACCAGGAACCGAGGAAUGCCAGUCCGUCGCACAUCUGACGGCAGGAGGUAUCCUGAUCGCCGAAGAGCCUGAACAGCCCGACUCACGCGACAAGGAAAAUGUGCACAGGCUGCACGUGACGUGAGCAAGCAGAGCUAGAACCUCUGCACUGAACCCUGCACACUGCAGUGUGUAUGACUAAACUCGUACUCGCCAGUGGAACACUGGUCCAUCUGGCUCAUAAUUACCAUCCUUUUCUUUGCCUUGCCAUUACAAUAACGCUAUAUCAUUGCUUCCAAACCGAAACAUUCGUACGUAACUGAAACUAUACAUGUACAUCGCCUGAUGCUCAUUUCCAAUAAAUUAUAAUUGCUUUUCAAUGACCCCACUUAGGCAGAAUAUUGCCUGACCAAGCCAUGGAGUGAAAGCAGUAUCCUGUACGCGUGACAUGAUUGCGCCCACGUUGCUUCACAACACUCUGAGUGCUUCCUUGUUUUGCUGCCCUGUACGUUCCUAUUUUCCACUCUUGCCAUACCCUGGUUGAGUCCCCAUUCAACCCACAUCAGGUUUCUUUGACAGCAACAUGUGGACACUUCCCAUUCACUGCUCUAAAUACUGCUAUAUUGUUCUUAACCGCCCUGACUGUGUUCCCCCAAGCUCCCCUCUCACCUCUACGAACAGCAUUCAUUAGUAACUCUUCUACCAAAGCCAUUCUCUCUCCUCAAUCUGAAACACACAAGCAGCCCAUUAAAUUCAGCAAACUAAUCGUAAUAGAUUACUUGGUACCAUCAA